GAGCCGGCCCGCGCACCCGCUGCGGGCCACACCCAGCUGCGCGUGGACUCCGCGGCGGGGGCUGGCCUGUCGCUGGCGUGGAGCCCGAGGAAAGGGUACCGGGUGGUCGAGGUCGACGCCUGGCCGGGGCAGCCAGGGCUGCGCGUCGGGGACCUCAUCCGCGCCAUCGGGGACGCCCGGCUGGACGACGCGGGGGAGGAGCAGGAGGUGGAGAGGCGUUUCGGCGCUCGGUUCCGCAACGGUGUGGCCCUGGAGGUCGAGCGUCCGCCUGAGCCGGUGGCCGUCGUCACGGGUGCAUUUCAGGCGCAGCUGCGGGUUGUGGCCGGGGGGCGCUGUGGUAUGGAGCUGGUAUGGCACCCGCCAGAGGUCGUGGGGGCGCCCAGGGGGGAAGCGAGAGAGUGCCGGCCUUCUCAGAAGGUGGCGGGGCUUCGGCAGAGGGAAACAAUCAGUGGACACUCCCCCGCUCCCCAAAACUCAAAGUUGGCACGUGCGGGGAAGACUGUGGUCGAAGUGCAGCUCUCUCAGCCCCGCGCCAGCAUUGAUUAUUGGGGGCGCGGGCAUUGGCAGGCGAAUGCGGCAGGAGUGUUCGCUCGUUUCUUCGGAGGCUUGUUCUUCAUACUCAGCAGCUGA